AUGGCUGAAGUCAACGAUCUUACCAAUCUUGCUAAACCCGCCUCUGAUGCCACUUUAACCAUUCGUUGUAUUAAAAAUUUUGAAUAUCGUACAUGUAAAAAUCUUGUACUUCAGCAUGUCAAUUUGGAAACAAUCACAGUUGGUGACUUGAAGAAGAUUGCUUUAGAAAAUACUCUCAAGAUUUAUACCGUUGCUCACGGUCAUAAGACUAUGAAUUUAAUCAUUAACGUUGAAGACGACGAUCAUUUACUUUUAACAGACGAUAACGCCGUACUUGCCUGGCAAGGCAUUGAUAACGAAACCGAGCUAUCAUUCUUUAAUUUAGAAGAUUACAAUGUCUUUAAAACUCAUCCUGACGUUAUGAAGUGGUAG